AUGUCUUUCUCGGCGCAUGCAGACACCACAGGGAUCCAGCAGCUGGCGAGGCAUUUGCAGCCGAAAGCCAUUAUGCUGGUUCACGGCGAGAAAGAGGGAAUGCUGAAGCUGGCGCGAGUGCUGCACCGGGAACUCGGAGUUCCCGUGCACACUCCGCCUUCGGGGCAGACCGUGUCAGUGCCUCUCGACAAGACAGAGCCCCGCGUCUCUGUCUACAUUCACGAUCUUUGCUUCCGCCGCACUUUGGCUGCGCCUAAGGAAGCUGCAGCAGCUGCAGCUGCCAGUUCAAGAGCAGCAGCAGCAGCAACUGCCAGUUCAAGAGAGGCGCUUUGGGAGUGCGAGGACCCCGCGUUGACAGCUUUACUGGAAUCUCCAGUAAUGCGAAGGUACUUGCCGCAGUCCGCGGCGAGCGCCCAAGGGCCCCGCUGCUCUUCAGCUUCUCCCUAUUGCUUCCCCCCCCCCUCUUUGUUCUUCCGAGUUUCAAAAAGAAGUGCAGCAAAAGAAGAAGCUGGCGGGGCAGCAAAAGAGGAAAGCAGCAGCAAAGAGUUGUGCGCUGAGACUCCCGCGGAAGACCUGCACCUGCUGGUGGACUUCGACAGCCUCGUGGCAGCAGCAGCAGCAGCAGCAACCAACGGCUGUGGGAGCCUCAAGCACUGCAGCAGCAAACAGGGGCACGCUGCAGCGCCCAGCGGGCCUCGCGCUGCAGCAGCAGACUGCGCAGGGGCCUCCCCGGGAAGCAAAGAAGAAAUUCAAUUUGCACAGUCUGCUGCAGGGGUGGGGGCAGCUGCUGCUGCUGCAGCGGGAGGCCCGCCGCGCUGCAUUCAGCUGCUUUCGCUGCGCUAUCGGCAUGAAGUGGAGAUGGAAGCUGCAGUGUUUCAGCAACUCCUCCAUCUGUUCAUGGACUACAUUGUUCAGUGCAGAAAAGCUUAUGAGCAGCAGCGGAGGCAGCGCAGCGCGAGCGGCGAAGCGCCGGCUCCGGUGUCUCUCGAGACACCCGAAUUCUGCGACUUCGGCCACCAGCUGAAACUCAGCCAGAUGGAGGGAGGCGGAAUCAUUAUUGAAUUUUUGUCUCUUGUUGCAGUUCACAAUGGGCGUGACCGGCUGCAAAUGCAGUGGGCAGAGACGGACGAGCGGCGGGAUGGGGCUGUGUCGGCCUUUGUCGAGUACUUCUCCAGAAUGGCGGAAACAAAUUCAGACUCGAAAGCGGGUGAGGGCUCGUAA